UAUAAGGGAUAUUAUUAGAGGACUUAGGUGUUUCCUUGAAAAUUGAAGUGAUAUUCUGCUUAUGAAUUUAGAUAUUGGAUAAAUUUAGUAAUAUAGGUGAUAAGAAGUAUGUCUAGGACAGAAAGGAAACCUGUUGUGGGUGCUUUGCCCCCUUGUUAUAUUCCUAGUAGACUUGAGGAAAGGAGGACAAGAGCAAGGAUACUUAGACAGGAGAGACAAAGGAAACCAGACAAGCCUGAAGACUUUGUUUUGUACGAAGACUCUGAUAGUGACGUUGAAACUCCUGCACAGCAACAACGAAUAUUGAGGACAUCUUAUAACUUUGUUGAUUUUGUCCGAAGUAGGGAACUACAAUUAAAGGAGGUUCGAAAUGUGAGACUCGAUUAUGCCAGUCGUCACAUUCUCACACAUGAAAUGUUUAAAGAGACUCCUUUGAAAAUCGGUGUGGUUAAUAAAGUGUUUUGUUCACAAUGGCUUAGUGAUCGGCAAAUUGUGUUUGGGACAAAAUGCAAUAAGUUAAUGGUUUACGAUGUCAAUACAUGCCGCCUGGACAAUAUUCCCACUAUAAGGGGAAGAUCUACCACACCGAUUCAACAAGCUGGUAUACAUGCAGUGCAGAUUAAUCCAUCGAGAUCUCUAUUGGCAACUGGUGCUAGACAUACUUCGGAUAUUGCCAUUUAUAGAUUGCCAACCCUAGAUCCAGCUUACAUCGGCGAAGGCGCCCACAGAGACUGGGUGUUUGACAUAUGCUGGUUAGACGAUCAGUUCCUGGUAUCAGGAUCGAGAGACACCAAAUUGGCCUUAUGGAAGACACCAGACGAUGACGAUUUCGAACCUUACAGUUCUCUUUCGACACAAUGCAGUUCACAGAAUGCGGAACAAAUGGAAAUCGGCCCUGCACGGCCUGGACAUGCUUUUCUUAAACCGCUAGUAGUAAAGGAAUGCAAGUCUGCACAAAAAGUUCGGGCGUUGUGUUUCAAUAAGAAGUUGAAAGAAAUUGCUGUUCUGUCCGUGAAUGGGUAUAUACAUAUAUUUUCAGCAGAAACAUUUGCACAGAAAUUAUCUAGGAAAUUACCAUCGACACAAGACAAUGUUUGUUUAACAAUUCAAGAAGAAUCAGGAAUGUAUGCGAUUGGGUGCAGGUCGUAUACGAUAUUGCUGGAUUCAAGAACAUUACAGGCUGUGAAGAAGAUAACAUCUCGAUAUUCAGGUUGUGGAAUUCGUUCAGCAAGUUUUCAACACGACAUGUUGACAAUAGGAACCGGUUUAGGAAUGAUUAUGUUCUAUGAUAUACGAGCAGGAAAAUACCUUGAUAGCAAUAUUAAUAGUUCGCGAACGGUUGUGCUAAAAGCAAGUAAAGGAUAUGUGUCUCCAGAUGAGAAUAUCGAAGGUCUCCAACACGGUAAGUACCAACCAGCAAUCUACACCCACUGCUACGAUGCCAGUGGCGUCCGAUUAUUCGCCGCAGGCGGUCCACUUCCUACGACACUGGUAGGAAACUAUGCAGGUCUAUGGCAGUAAGAGGUAUGAUGAUAAUUAAAUUAUUAAU